AUGAUAUUCCCUAAAUACCUUCUAUCAAUUGCAUUGCUUUCAAAGGUUGCAUUCGCAAUCAUACCUAAUGUACCACCUCCACCAGCAGAAGGAUUCGAUUCAACCACAAAACAUGAUGAACCAGGUCCUUUAUCAUUACCAAACUUGUUAAAUAUAGAUAAAAUAUCCACGUUGGAAUCAAAUUGGAAAACGUUUGGUAAUAUCAAACUUGAUACUGGUCGUUUAUUAAUAGAUGCAACUGAAGAUGGGUUUGGAAGUAUUUGGUCAAUUCCAUCAUUACCUGAUACUGCUAAAGAAUGGACGGUUGAAUUAGUAUUCAGAUCUACUGGUACUGCUCAAGAUCUUCAAUUUUUCAAUACCAAUGGUUUAUCAUUAUUCUUAGUUGAUGAAAAGAAUACUCUUACCAUUAAUAAAGAACAUAAUCAAAAUUUUGGUGGUCCAUUAAAUUAUGAUGGUUUCCAAUUCUUAAUAAAUAAUAAGGAUAUCAAAGGUUUAAAGAUCUUUAAUAGUGAUAGAUCAAAAGCUAUAACGAAUGAAUUAACUGGAACCAUUGGUCAUUGUUCCUUUAACUUUUUGGAUUCUCUGGUUCCAUUUACUUUAAGAAUAUCUUAUUCUGCCGUUAAAGCAUGGUUUAAAGUUCAAGUCGAUAAUAACUUAUGUUUUAAAACUGAUCAAAUUCAAAUUCCAACUAAUAUUAAUGAUUUCAAACUUGGUAUAACCGGUAGUUCUCAAUCCAAUGAAAUAUUUGAAAUUUUGAAAUUCAAUGUAUAUGAUCAUUUAAUCGGUGAUGCUAUUGAUGAUCAUGGAUUACUUUCUGAUGGACAAGUCGUAGCAUAUGAAACCGUUACCAAAGGUUCUGAUGAAGAAGAAGAAAUUGCUACUCCAGGUGUUAUCCGUGAAUCACUUAUGGAAAAGAGCAGAAAAUUAGUUGAAGAUCAAUUGAAAAAAGAAGGACAUAUAUCUUCAUCAUCAGAUUAUGAUACUAUUCUUAAUGAAAUCUUGAUAAACUUACAAAACAUUCAAGCUAGAAUCUCCACUUUAGAUAAAAACGAAGAUUAUGAUAUCAAACAAUUAGACACAUCUCUUGGAAAAGUAACUAAUAUUCUUGUCCAACAACAUGAAGUUCUUGGCAAAUUAAGUUCCAGUAUAGAAACAUUCCAAACCAGUAUUACAGAACAAUUUUCUCAAAUGUUAGGAGCCAUCUCAAAAUUAAAUGAAAAAGUUAUUGGAGAAGUUAGAGAACAACAUUAUGGAAUGGAAGAAAUUUCUAAAAAAGUCGAUUUAUUAAUGAAUAAUCAUAAAGAACUUACUUAUCAAUAUGAAAAACUGUCAACUGAUUCUAGUAAUACCACUGCUGAAUUAUCAAAAUAUUAUCUUGAUGCUACUAUCAGAUGGGUAUUGGUUCCACUUUUAAUUGUCGCCAUUGUACUUAUCGUAGUUUUAAAUAAACUUAGAAAAGAAGUUAAACAUUCAAAGAUGCUUUAG